AUGAGACGCGUCCUCUCGGACGUCCCAGACGUCGCGUACUAUUAUGAUGACGUACUAGUCGCAAGUACCACGUGGGAGGAGCACUGUCGAACCCUCAGGGAGGUAUUCAUCCGCAUCGGUAAAGCGGGGCUGACGGUAAAACCGGCAAAGUGCGAAAUAGGCAUGCAGCAAAUAUCGUUCCUUGGGCAUCAGAUCGGCGCCGGGGAGCUUUCUCCGCUUUCCGGGACCUUGGAUAAGAUUCAGAGGGCACCCCGGCCAACCACGAAGCGACAGGUGCGAUCCUUCCUUGGGCUAGCGGGAUACUACCGGGAGUUCAUUAGCGAUUAUGCAACAUUGACAAGCCCAUUGUCCGACCUCACCCGAAAGGGGCUUCCUAACACUGUGAAAUGGGGCCCGGAUCAGGAGAGCGCGUUCGUUCAGCUCAAGAAAUGCCUGACAACCACACCCAUACUGAAGCUUCCAGAUUUCGAACGACCGUUUGUUCUACGGACUGACGCAUCGGAUAGGGGAAUCGGAGCGGUGCUUCUCCAAGAACACGAGCAGAUUCUCCACCCCGUGGCCUAUGCUAGUCGAAAGUUGCUACCCCGAGAGGUAGCAUACUCAACGGUCGAAAAGGAAGCUCUUGCUCUUGUCUGGGGAGUCGAGAAGUUCCAGGAGCCCGACUCGCACCGGCGGUUUGUUACGGCGCGGCUCCCGCUGUGCGUGACGCUGGCUUUCUCGGCAUUUGUCGCAGUCGUGGAGGAUGCGGCCUUUCGGUGGACGAGCGUGGAGGGGCACUCGCAGCGGGAGCUGAGCUUCGCGUACGGGCCGGCUAUGUGGUCCGAGCGGCCUCUUGGCACGCGAACCCCGCCGAACGCGAAGGUUUCAGUGACAAGGGUGUUCAAGCUCGCGAUGGCAGGCUCAGUGUCCACUUGCUCACCAAAGCGCUCUUCCACGAUCAAGAGCGCCACAUCACAAGCACAGAAAGACCUGGCCAAAAGAGGAGACGCUGCCGCGGUAAUAUGCGGUGAUUUCAACGCGCAACAUCGAGAGCUCGGCUACACGACCACUACGUCCAAGGGAAGGAACCUUCUUGAAGAUGCCGGCGAAGCCGAGUUCACGUUACUGAUCAAUCCAGCCCAUCCAUCAAGGAUCGGAACAUCGGUUGCUCGGGAUACAAAUCCAGACCUCACCUUUGCGAUGCUGCCCGAAGGUGGCACCGCGAAGUGGAGGAAUACGGGAAUCAACCUGGGCAGCGAUCACUUCAUCAUCGAAAUUGAAUUACCGCUGGCUCAUCUCAACAGAAACCCGAACCGCGACAAAACAAUGAAGCACAAACUCGUCGACUGGAGCAAGUUCCGUAACACAGAACUCGGCGAAGUCGACAAUAUCGACGAGUGGUCAGCGAAGCUGCUGGCGGCAACAGAAGGGGCCACAGAAGAGAUCGAUGCACCCGAGGAAAUCGAAACCAUGGACCCGAGACUAGCCCACCUCCUCGAAGCCAGGCGCUCGCUCCAAAAGCGUUGGCGGCGGCAACGUCACAACAGAAAGCUACGAAAGAAGAUCGCAGAACUCGGCCGAGAGAUCGAGCGACACAGCAGGCAGCUCUGCUCACAGCAGUGGUUUGCACUCUGCAGCCAGGCUGAUGGACAGCUUCACCGUGGCGGCACUUGGAAACUCCUCAGGCAACUGAUGGAUGAGACCAAGAGCUGCGAAUACCAACGUACACGCAUGGCCCAAAUCCUACACACCACGGCUCGUCAACUGGGCGAAGAGGAGAUGUUCAAGCGACUCAACGAGCGCUACCUCCCCAUCAACAGUCACGAAGAUCACCCAGACUACGCCGGCCAGCCGAACCUCCACCUCGACCGAGAUCUAGAGGAAUGGGAAGUGAGGCAGGCGGCCCAGGACCUGAACUGUCGUUCGGCCGCCGGACCCGACAGAGUUACUAACAAAGCUCUACGCAACCUGAGUGACUCAGCCAUCACAUCACUGACACGCUACUACAACGAAUGCUGGCGUAACGGCAAGCUGCCCAAGGCCUGGAAGACAGCAAAGACGAUCCUGCUGCCAAAACCAAACAAGCCACCGGGUAUAGAGGGCCUGCGUCCCAUCUCGCUCACGUCCUGCGUGGGAAAGGUACUGGAGCACGUUCUUAACACCCGGUGGAACCAUUACAUGGAAGCGCACCAUGUCUACCCGGACUCAAUGCUUGGCUUCCGGGCCAAAUUGGGAACGCAAGACGCCAUGCUCCUGAUCCAACGAGAAGUCCUUGACCCACCGGGCGGGACUCCAAAGAAUGACAACCGAGCGAUCUUGGGCCUGGACCUGCAGAGCGCCUUCGACAACGUUAGACACUCGUCGGUCCUGGCUCAGGUGUCCCGCCUGGGGCUGGGCGCAAGAUCGUACAACUACAUCAGAGCCUUCCUUUCUCGCCGCACGGCCAGGCUGGAGGUGGGAGGAACGAAGCUCGAAGAACGAGAGCUGGGCAGUGUCGGGACCCCACAAGGCUCGGUCAUCUCCCCGUUCCUGUUCAACAUUGUCAUGAUCGAGGUGGCCAGGCGUCUGGAGGCGCUGGGCCCGGGGAUACGACAUUGCCUCUACGCCGACGACGUAACCAUCUGGGCCACGGGUGGAAGCGACGGAGACAUCGAGGCGGGUCUGCAGGCGGCGGUGGACGCCGUGGAGUCCGCACUCUUGGGCACGGGCUUGCGGUGUUCGCCACAAAAAUCACAGCUACUCAUCCUGCCACCACCUGGGAGGCACAGAAAGAAGGCAAGUCGAGAGGCGGCCGAGAACAUCAUCGUGCGCACCAGUGACGGUAUGCAGAUCCCGCACGUCCCGGGGCUUCGAGUCCUGGGGAUGUUCGUGGACGGCACCCAAACCAAUGCCACGGCGGUCAAGAACAUCACAACCAAGAUGGGCAUCGCCGCGCGCCUGGUCAAGCGAAUGUCGUCCCGCUACCGGGGCAUGAAAGAGAGGGGGCUCCUGCAUCUGCUGCAGGCUAUCGUUAUAAGCCACGCGGCAUAUGCGGGGGCCUUUCACCGCUGGACCGGCGCGGAACGAGCCAAGAUCGACGCUGCCAUCCGGAAGGCUUACGCGGGGGCUCUUGGGCUCCUACCAGGCACAAAGACAACGGCCUUGCUGUCUCUGGGAACACACAACACGCUCUCGGAGAUCAGCGAGGCCCAGAGAGCUUCGCAGCUGAGCCGCCUGAGCGACACAGCCGCGGGCAGAGGAUUACUCGAUCGGGUAGGAUUAUUACCUCCUGGAGAACGCCCGGGCGCAGGACCGGACGGGGAGCUAGAAAAGCAAGUCCCCCUGAGCGAUGAGGCAGCGAGGAAAAUCAUUGUCUACCCGCUGCCAAAGAACAUGGACCCAGAAAGGGACGCGGGCAGGCGAGCGGCGAGAGCAGUGGCGCUGGCCCGUCAACAUCAGAGAGACGAGGGCGCAGUCUACGUGGACGCCGCAAGAUAUUCGGGAAGACGCAACGCCUUCGCAGCAGUGGUGGUCAGCGCCACUACCGGUAAACUACUAACAGCAAGCACCGUGCGCGCCCGAACAGUCGGCCAGGCAGAGGAGGCGGCGAUAGCCCUGGCCACAGGUAGGCCGGGCACGCGCACGGUGCUAAGCGACUCAAAGCAGGCAAUUAGGAAUUUUGCCGGGAUCCUGGCGGCCUACAGAGAGGCCAGGAGAGCCUUUCCGCCCCCGCAUCGUGAACUGUCACGUGCGGAAGCAGUGAAGCUCCGACAACUGCAAACGGAAUGCGUGCUAACGCCAGCAUUGGCCCGGCACGUAUGCCCCGACAUUCCGACACGGUUACCGGGAGUGGCAAGCAAGCGGACGACGCCAGUGUGUGCGCUUCGGCACGAAACUGCUGCCACUUUUGACGAACUUCUCGCGGGACGACUCCUCGUCUUUACUGACGGCUCAGUGUUGAACGACGGGUGUGCCGCGGCUGCGUGUGUGGUGCCUUCGCUGGAGCUUCACAAUCAGUGCCACCUCGCCUGCGAGGCAUCGUCGACGAUAGCCGAACUCGCCGCGCUUGACCUCGCCGCCGAUGCCCUCAUUCAACUGAGAGUUCCGUCGGCUGCCGUUCUCUCGCACUCACGUGCUGCUCUCCAACUGCUCGCGCAGGACGCCCGCAGACCUCCGGUUGCCACGCGCAUCGCGCGAAAGCUCGAAGCAGUGCAGGACCUAGAGUGUGAUCUUAUGCUGCAAUGGAUAUCGGCGCACAUUGGAAUAUCCGGCAAUGAAGUGGCCAACGAGCUGGCCAAAGAAGCACACUCUCUGGGAACUUCUGUGACUACAGCGGUGAGCACAUUCGACGUAGCAAGGCUUCGCACACGGUGCUCCGUCACCGCUCGCCACCCGGACCCACGAGUUGCGGCAGGGCAGCCACCACGCCCACUCCCGAAAACUGGAUUUUCGAGAGAGAAGCAUGCCCUCCUUCUUCGUUUGCGCAUCGGCUGCUACCGCACGGCGGAACGGGUUCACAGACAGUCGGGACGUGGAGACCCAAACUGCCGUCAUUGCCCACAGCCCGAAACACUCCAUCACAUUAUCUUCCAGUGUGAGGAGUAUUCGGACGCGCGCAGAUCACUCUUCGAUGCUUACAGCAAACUGGGACUCUGCACCAGCACUGUUGAUGUGAUUCUUUUUCCCCGUGCGCACGCAUGCCUGGUGAAGCGCGCGCAAGCUGCCCUCAUCACCUUCCUCAAGACUUCUGCGCUAUUUGAGCGCUUGUGA